GCAUUUAUAGCAUCAUGUCGGAUAAAGAAACUUCAAAAUCCAACAAAAAUGACGAUACGCCCGCAGAAGGUAGCCCCGAAAAUACGAUAUCAGAUUGCACCAAAAAAAAUGACAUGACACAAAAUGCUGCGGUGGAAUCAGAUACUUUAGUUAUUGCCACAUAUGUUGAUAAUGACGAAGGUGAUUCUGCUGGCAGUGGUGGUGUAGUUGAUAUUUCUAGUGCGGCGCAAAAUGAACCCAGCGAUAUAGAUCAGCUGUUGUCCAUUGUGCGUUUAUGCGAUGGUCCCUCGACAAGUACACAAGAGCCCAGUGAUGAAUUGCAUAAAACAAAAACUUCCACAUGUGUAAGCAAUGUAAUAACCAACAUAGCACCACCUUCUGUUCAGAGUGUUACAGCAACAGCACCGACAAUUAAGGAAACAACAAAUUCGUCAGCUUUGACAGUAGCUAUUGAUUGUGAUGAAUUGCCAUACACCACAAGUACCAGUUCAAAUUCCAAAACACAGUCAUCACAGCAAUCUCCCAAGCCAACAAUUUCAGUAAAAUGCUUCAGCCCAAUGUUAAGAGUCCAAACAAUGCAAAAUGAGACAUUGUCAUCACCAAAUGUUUGCGUCGUUACGGAACGACGAAAGGAAAAUUCGGAAAGUGAUAAUGUGGCUGGUCCACAAAUGCAAAGUUCAAACGAUGAUAAUCCAAUUUGUCUGCCAGCAGUAGCAGACUUGGAUGGAGGGACACGUGCAGCAAUGCCGGAAGUUACAAUUGAGGAGCUUACGUCGGCGUCGGAAUCGCGAGCGCCAUCACCUGCCAAUUCCAGCGUUACCAGUGUGUCAACACUUCGGGCAUCAAGAAGUGCGAUUGGUCGCCGUGUUGUAUGCUUGCGUCAUAUUCGACGCGCACCCAAAGAACCAGAGGAGUACAUGGAUGCAUUGUUUCCGCAUAUACGCGAGGCACAUAACCAAAUACGCAAGACGCUAUUACAUGCGCCGCUCACUGAUGUCAAGGAUAAUGCAUUAUUAAAGCGUAAAAUGUUUGAGGUCAUUCGACACUAUAUCAGUGGUUGUAAAAAUGAGUUUGAACGAGUUACAGCUUCGUUAAUAUUGUGCCGCCGGCUAAAGCGAAAUAUUAUACGUCUGUUGGAUUUGUUCCAUGAUAUUUGUUCGUCUAGUAGAGAGGAUCCUGCUUAUUUGUAUCACAUAAGUCAAUUGAUUGCAGUGUACAACUCGCUCGAAAUAAAAUUAUCAUCCAAUUUGACAAGAUUACAGAAGUGCGCUUUAAUCCAUCGUAUAGCCCACAUUAUAAAUAAGCACCUAUUGGUGAAGGAUGAAUCGUUGGCCAAGGAAAAUGUACUCAGAAUGUUUCUACAUAUGCCCGAUAUGUAUUCGGCACGUUUUAUAAUGGAACCACUUUUUAACACCUUUUUAGCGGAAAUUCCAACAAGCAACAAUGCGCGGUGUCAAAGAGAAUUGUCGGAUAAGAAAUUUGUACAAUAUAUUAUAGUAUUGCAUCUAUGGAAGGAAAUGCUGCGAAAUCCUCUUGAGCAGGUUGAAUUAAUUAACCGCGCACAGCAUUUUAUGUGUCCCACUAAAACGUUGCAUACGAAUCCCAUGUAUGUUAAUCACUUGCCAACAAUUCACACACGCAAACAUGCUGUGAAAGAUAUUUUGAAUAGCUUAAAAUAUUUUCACGAUUUAAAAAAUGCCGCAAUUUGUGAUGAUACUUUGGAAGAUGGGGAUGGCGACAUUGAAGUCGUUAUUGAUGACGUUAUAAAUGCAACACCACUUUGGGAUUUUGGUGCCACAUACGCAGCUGAAUUGAAGCAUCGAAAGCGUUUAAAUCGACGCGCCGUCACACAGGAGCCGCUUGAGUGUGUCGAUCUUACUCUUGAAGAUGAGCAACCGUCUAGAAUGACGUACGUGGAGCAUUCUUUAGAUUGGCUUACAGAUUUGAAAGAGAGAGCAUCCGAGAGAGUGCAGGCAGACGAGACCGAAAUGGUUAUUUGCUUGGACUCAGACUCAGACGGAGAAUUGUUUUCGGGCAGCAUUUUAGAUCCAACAGAAUCUUAUCAAGAUUGUGACGCUGUCGAUACUGACUACACAAGCUUGGAUAGCAGCACUACGGAUGAUAAGGCUGCAUCGGAAGAUGAUGCUCUGGCCGCAAGCGGGAUUACCCCAAAUGGCCUUAGAACUUAUCUAGCGCCAAAAUCUAAAAAGCAAUUUAAUUCAAGUGAUGAAAAGCACACCACAAGUAGACAAUCCCCUUACGUGAAAACAACGAACGAUUACGGGGAGGAUGAGUCUGAGUCUGAGGGUGCAGGUGAAGGUGGUAAUGUUACUGCUAGUAGAAAGCCGUCAACAUCAGCCGCCGCGUCAUUGCCGCUUAUUGUUAACACUUUCACCGUUAAUGGCAAGCAAAAUAUGCACUUGUUAAACUCACCAAGAUUUAGCCUUGAUAUUGGCCCGGAGCGUUUUGGGAAUGAGGAUAUGGAGUUUCAUGAUACUUGUGAGGGUAAAGUCAUCUAUUCCCAAGCUUUAUCUCCAUCUAACCGUAGAUUGUUAAUGGAAGAUAAUGUAAGUGGACCAAGAGAUAUGCGUCGUGAAUUCGAAGCGCAAGAUAAUCCACGAGUCAGCGAGUGUGGCUCAAAGCAGUUGCGUUUAAAUGCCGAUGACAAGCCAGUGAAAAAACAAGUAAAGUUCAACGAUAAUCCUAUUGGACCCACGCGUCGUCUAAAUACCAAAUUGCCGAUAAAACCAGCUAUACAUCUUGGCAAAACACAAACCACCAUUCAACAACCUGCUUUCCCCAAUUCACCACAACCACGUUUUACAUCACCGUCAUCUUCAACUUCUUCCACAACUGAGUCACUUAAACAAAUGGCGCAAAAAGGUAGGAGAAUUGUUGACAGUUUUAAAGUACAGAAAUCUAAAAUCUUACCUGAAAAUACAUCUCCAAUUAUAAUUGAUUCCGAUGAUGACAAUGAUACAAUUGAAGUUAGUGCUUGUGCAAGUACAACAAAAAGUAACUUAACAGUUUCUACUCAACCAAUUCAGAGUAAAAAACCCCAUGAAAAAGAAAUAUCAAAUCAAUAUUUAUCAGUUCUUAAAAGCAACAUUUGUAACAAUCCAAAGUGUAAAAUGAAAGCGCGUUAUGUUUCACACCGCUCUAAAUCCAUUCAUGGGCCAAAAGAUAUUUCAUCAACCAAUUAUGUAUGUAAUAGAAAUAUUGAGUUUAUACAUAUAUCCGAUGAUAGCGAUGAUGAUAAUGAUAGUAUUGUAUGCAAUAAUAUGAAAAGCUUUGAAGUUGGCAAACAAGUUGAAAUGGAAGAACAAAAUUCGAAUGUUUCAACAACUACAGGGCCUAGUUUAGAGUCGAAUGCCGCAGAUGAACAUAAAGCAGCAGCGGUUACUGAAAUGUCUAAUAGAAAACAAAUGCUCGUUAUGGUAGAAAGUACAAGUUCACAAAUUUAUAGGGCAACUUCUCUUGAAAACAAUGUGGGGAACGAUAUUUGUACAAGUAGCACAGAGACACUGUUACAGGAAACCGAAUUGGAGUAUAGUGUUUCGUCACCAAACAUCGUCGAUUCGCAGUUUGAUUUAGCCAAGGAAACAGAUUUGCAUCAAAUGAGCUCAGCUUCUGAACUCGAUUGCGUAGCUGUUAAAGGGGAUGUUGCAGAUCCAUUUUUAACCGCUAAGAAAAAUGAUAAGACUGAAUUAGGCCAGGCGGAAACUAAUGUGAAGAAAUACACAGGCGGCGAGGCAAAAGAAAAUGAGUGUAACGAACUUGUAGGUGUCGUGUGGGAUAGAAAUAUUUUGAAUAAAAGAAAAAGUGCACUCGCGAGUGAUUUCAAAGUCAGUGUUAAUAUUAAGCAAACUCUAAGUGAAGAAGUGAAAAUAAAUGCGAAUGUCGUAGAAAAUUGUAUCAAUACUAACGCUUGUAAAGUGCACACGUCAGAGGGAGGCGUGGAACAACUUAAUGAGUUGGAUUGUGAAACGUUGGUGUCGAUAUGCUCAGAACAGCACCCAGCAGAUAUGCAAGUUGAGAAAAGCAAUGCUGAUACGCAGGAGCGGCGGUUAACCGAAACGGAAGAAUUGAUCGUGAAAAAUGUAAAAGUCGUAUCUCAAAAACUAACAAACCAAUUAAGUGAAGGAACUGGCGAAAACUCGGUUAUCGAAAGAAUUGAAGAUGAUAGCGCACGUAUGAACGUAGAACAGCGCAGCUCUACUCCAGGUUUGGAAGACCCAAGUGAACUUUUAUUAGAGUCUAAAUUAGCACAUUCAGAACAACCGUCAAUAAGAGAAGAGGAAGAAAAAUCAUAUUCGAAUUCAAUUUCAUCAGCAACGCAUCAAGGAGAAGCAGAAAAAAAUGAAGAGCUCGAGCUCACAAAAUCGCAAGUAGGUUCGAGUACGUCAGCAUCUACACCGCAUCAAGGGGAAGCAAUAGAAACUGAAGAGAGAGUGAAAUCGUCUGUAGAGUUAAGUACACCAGCUUUGCACCAAACAGAAGCAAAAGAAAAUGAAAAGUCAUCAAAAUCAUCUUCACAUUCGAUUAUAUCAGCGACUCCUUCACACAUCCAAGCAGCAUCGGAUAAAAUAGAAGUACAAACAAACAAAGAGCCCAAAAAGGGUGUUGAAAAUACAGACAUAAUAACGGAGAUUAUAAAAAAACCAGGCAGCAUUCAUGAUUUAAGUACUGUUAUCACAGAAGAUAUUGCGCCAAUUUUCGAAAGCGUCAAGAAUGCCGAAGAGACAGCGUUAGUGGGCUUAGAUGUAUGUACUAGCGAAAUAGAUUCAAAAAAGAAGCAUAUAACACAAGCAAAUCAGAAUAUUCGUGUUGGUCAAAAAACAAAUGAUAUGACUGCUACCAAGACAAGUGAUGCAGAUGCAAAUGUGUCUUACGAAACGUUAAGCAAGUCUACUGAACAUGUAAAUACUAAACAAUUGCCUUUCAGUGAUAAAACACUCAAUUUAGAGGGAUGUUCCACUAAAGCUCAAAUAAAAUUGACUGAAGCUGAAAAGGAUGUAGACGAGAUAGAGAUCGAGAGCUCAGCAAAUCGGGAAACAUGUGAGGAUUUAGAAAACUCGUCAACUGAAAAAUCUAGUACUGCUGUUGUAGCUGAUAUAAAUGAGGGAACGCCAGGUGACCAAAAAACAACAUAUCAAGCUCUUUUUAUUGAAAAUGUUGCAAAUUCAACGGAAACUGUACAAGUGGAGAGCGUCACAUUGGAUGAAGAAGUAACCAAAAUAACAAAUUGCACUACUAGUACUGAAGAAAUAAGUGAACAAAAUUCUAAGCGUGCUGAAAUGGAAGACAAUGCGAUGAUAGAUACUAUUGCCGUCAAUCUGGGGUCAGUAAUCGAAAUUGUAAAACCGAAUUUAUAUGCUAACCAAACCGCCAAUAACUCAAUGGCAUCAAAUGCAGUGUCUUCCGAAAACACAAUCAUAGCUGAUAACAAGGAAAUAGAAUUAUCCGUUAUACCUAUGGUUUCGGAAAAAGGACCCAAAAGUGAUGUACAUAGAGAAGCAAUCCCCUCCAGCGCUGUUAAAGGUUCCAAUGAUGGUCUCGUGCGAUUAGUUGCCGCUGUAAAAGCUGUGGAAUCUCUUAAUUUGAUUAGUAAUGAAGGGGUCGCAAUUGUAGACAGUAACGAUUUCAACGCUAGUCAAGGGUCUGUCGCCAAUACAACUUUAAUAAGCUGCGAGAACUCGCCAACUGUUGUCGACUCUAGUCUACACGAAUUGGUUGUUGUGGCAACUACUGAAAAUCCUGCCGAAACAGAAUCAGCUAGUUUUGAUAAAAGUGAAAAGGCGUCAGUCGGAAAUGCGGCGAGUAUUAUUGUUAACUCGGUUGAAGGCGACGCCACACCACAGGUUUCCAUAAUAGUUUCUCAAACAGAAUCCAUUACCACGCAAACUGAGUCAAAACUGACGGGCAUUUUACUCUGUGGUGACAAAAGUCCCAAAACUAAUUUAGAGCGCCUAGCUGAAGCGGUCUUACUUACCGAGGCCGCUGCGCAGAAAUACAGUGGUAUUGUGACUAAGCCGGGGCUAAUACAAACCGAAAAUGAGUACAAUCAAUCGAACGCGGAAGUUUGCACUGCGGAAAAUUUCGAGAUUCCCAAACAUACAACUCAUGAUGGUGAGCGGUGUAUUGAAGAAAAUGGGUUACCAACUGAUUGUUCGACCAUUGAAAAUAUAUGUGGAGUUGAAUCCGCUGUGAAUUCCUGUGAAAUAAAACGAAUCACUAAUGAUGACAUUUCGAACGUGCAACAAAAAUCGAUUAUGGUUACGAAGUCAAAACGAGCUGUUGGUGCAAUAAGUCAAAAAGAUAUCAGCGAUAAAACAAUUAUCCUUGGUUUAUCUGCCAGUCACGAUUCUUCGAAUGUAGUCGUAGACAUUCCUGAAUCGCUACAAGCAGUUGCGCCGCUUAAAAUACCGCCGGUCGCUUUCGCCGAGCAACUCGCCUCAGAUGAUAAUGAAAGUCUCGAUCAUGUAACGCACAUCGACUAUGAUAUGCACGUAAUCAAAGCGUUUAAUGACUUUAAACCCAUCAAGGGCUUAGUCACCAAAACUGCUCCUAAUGAUGCGGGUAUUUUGUCAAUCGAAGAAAUAUCAAAAACUUCAGCAGUAGCAGUAACUGAGGAAAUACUUAUAAAACAAGAACCAACAGCAAAACCGCAAAAUCAAACUGUGGAUUUUGACACAAUUACGUCCCAGAAUAUAGGAAUCGUUCCCUCAAAAACAGCGCCAGAAAACCCGCCCUUAUCGCAUAAAACCAAUCCAACUUUUCAUUCGUCCUUUGAAAAUUUCAUAAGUUCACUUAAAGCACAAAGUGAGUUAAAGUUGCCGCGUAAAUCGCCCAGAAUUACAAGUAAGACUGCAAAAGCUACGGAAGAAGCGAGCAAUUUACCCGCUAAGAGUAAAAAAAUUAUUUUGCUAACUAUGCCACCCACUUCCGAACGGUUGACAGCAAAAAAUUUGGCACCCACUACGCCACAGACCGCUGAACUAUCUGCCACAUCAGAUAUUGAGCUCGGCAGCAUUGACACGAACGAAUGUGCAUCGAAGAAAAGGUAUAGUCUGCGUAGAAGCGAACAAUGGAAAGUAGUAAAAAAUACGAGUGUACCAGUCUCACCGCCAUCCAAAACCACUAACAGUGUGGAUACCAAAAAGCCUAUAACGCGUGCGUUGUCCAAGCGCUGCAUAAAAAUACGAUUGGCUAGGGCUAAAGCGCCCACAAAAGCAGAGAAAAAAGCACUUCACCCCAUGGCAGAUAAGGCUGUUCAAAGUAUAGAAGCGCAAUUUGGUGACGUAUCGCAUCGUCCAAUAACCAGAAAAUUAGCGGCCGCGCUCAAUUCUAGUCUACAAAUGGAAACAGAAAAUGCGGUUAUCGAACCGAUCAAACCGUUUCCCUCGCGUGGCAGAAAAUCUAAACCAAAACAGGAAACACUGGACGACCAGUCGCCCACCAAGCGCAAGCGAUGUGAAAUUGUAACAAAAAGUUUGAGUAACAAAAGAGUAAUUGAGUCAGUAAUUACUGAAACAGAGCUAUUAAAGACUGACACACCUGUUGAGACGCAGAGAAAGCGAAAGGAUUGUGAUGUGGAAGCAACGCUGGAAAAGGAGGCCCCAAAGUCAGAUGGAAUGCAAGAAAUAACAAAUGAUUCUGUUCCUGCUGAAUUGGAGGGAUACCAAAAGCGCGGAGAAGCUGGAACGAUAUUUGACGAUACUGGAAGAAUUCCUGAAAAGAACCCGGCAAAGCGCAUGAAAGUCGAAAAUGUAAAGGGAACACCAUGUACAAGCAAAGUAUUGGCUGUACAAGAAACGGCACAAGUACCAACUACCUUUGAGACUAUCUUCAUAAAAACAAAUGUUUGUCCUGUUGAUGUGAAUGUGGCUACUACGAUAGCUGACAGCAGCAAUGAGGAAGUCUCACAACAUAAUCUUGAUAAGUCUUUGGUGCAAACGAGUGAGAGAUUGUCUGACGAGGGUACGAUCCGACAAGAAAGCCAAGAAAACAAGAACGAGGAACCGACAAGCGAUGAGAAUAUGAAAACUAGUGCAAGGACGGUUACAAAUAGUAUAACGGAUUUAGAGGCGCAAGAUGUGGACGUAGCGAAAACUGGCAUUGAAUGCAGUGCAAAUAAAAGUUUGGUUGAAACCGAAUCUCAAGUUGAGCAAGAUUUUACGCAACGCGCCGUUGAUAAUUCAAACGAGAAAGUGAUUGCGACACCAUCGAAAGGUGUUUUGUUAGCUAAAAGCGUUGAGUCUGCGCCAAUAAACUGCCGCGAGCAUUCGAAUUUACUUACAGAAAACAAUGAUGUUGCCCAGCUCGUAGAUAUCUCGAGUUUCCGUAGCUUAUCACUAGAACAACUAACUGAUGCUACUAAAUGUUAUUCCAAGAGUGUUUGCGAUGGCUUUCAGAGUAUUUCCGAAUUUCCAAACCAAGAUUCGACUGUCGAUUUGAGCAUCUCAAAUAUGAGCCAAAUGCACGCCAAAGACGAGGACCUAAACAAUACUGAGUGUAUAAAUAUUUUAAAAGCUAAUAUGGAAGCUGAUAACCUAUUGGAAGAAUAUAAUCAUUCAGCGCGUAUUAUAGCAAAUGCAAAUUUAAAAAUCCCGUUAGCUGCGCAAACACCGUCCGAUGGACGCACGCCUGCAUGUAGCAGUGUGACCUUUAGUUAUCCCGGCAGCGACACGUCCAGUUCUUCGACGAGCAGUUGUUCGUGUAACAUGACGUCUACCCCAACGGCAGCCGCAGAUUUAUGUAAAAAUGAACCGACGAGCUUCAAAGUUGUCCAAUCCCAAGCACAAGUUGUCGAACUACUUUCGAGUACGAGCGCAAGCUUUCAGGACCUAUCGCUUUUAGAUUUGGAACACGAUGUUAUUAUAAGUAAUGAUGACUUGCUUUCCGAACUGAUGCCGACCGCGAUUAUGGAUACAAUGGCUGCGACUAGUCUCGAACACAACUACGCAACAAAACCACUAGAAAUGGUGAUGAGAAAUGAAUAUGACACACAAUACGAUCUGCAAAUAAAAAGUGAAUCGCCGAUACUUCAGGGAGAGGAAGCGAAUAAUUGGCGUGACGUGGAAGUAUUGGACAUCAAUAACGCAAAAGAUCUCUAUGACAGGCAGGGCGAUAAGGCGCAGACUGAAAAUGGUUUGGAAGAUAAAAGAGUGGUUGUUGACGGGAAUAAUGAAAAGCCUUUGCAGACACCAAGUCUAAGAGUUUCCAUACCUAUUGCCUAUAUAAAAAAACUAGAAGAACUAAUAGGUAAGCAAAAAGAAUCCAAGACUUGGUAUUUGUCAGAGAAACCUUCCACCUCUAAGGCGGCUUUGGAGGCGUUAGCUAGAAGAAAUGCGCUGGCAAAUUCUAAAGCGCUAAGUGCGAUCAGUUAUGUCCAAGCAGACACUGCUACGAUUGAUAGUUCAGCACCACGCCAAUUACUCUCUCGAGAAUGUUGUUGUCCCUCACCGAGUUUACCUUUAAAGAAACGAAGAAAUGUUUCAGGAGUAUUAGAAGAAGAUUUGUUCCAUACUGCAGCUCUUUUGUCAGAAGAGGAUAAUCUAGUGCAGGUAACGUCAGAGAGUAUCAUUUCAGUAACUGAAAAUAAAGCUAGUGAAUUGGAUGAAAAAAUAGAUAUAUCCGAGUUGGAUAUUUGCACAAAUAAGAAGUUGAAUAAAAGUAGAGGCGAAAAGCUAGUACCAGAUGAUUUAAAUACAAAAUCUAAGCAAUCACCAACGGCAAAAGAGGAAAACAGUGUGGAAAUACAAGAUAACCAACGAGAAAAAGAGAGAACGGUGCUUCAAGAUUAUCAACGCGACGACAACAGGGAACAAGUAACACAAUCUAAACAAGCAAAAUAUUCGGAAACCGAAAACACAGACGAUAAAGAAAACACCCAGACUAUUUCAUCUCAAGACGAAAAAAUACCACCAACAAAGCAUAGUAACAUUAUUGAAGGUGAUGAAACGAAGGUUGAAGGUGAGAAUAAAAGAAAUCGCGAGGGCGAUGAAGGGGAAAGCGCAUGCUGUCGGGUUGAGGAGGAAUCAAAAUCAAAACAAGCUUGUAUGCAAUAUGCUCAAUCUGAAAAUGAAGAUUUGCAGCAAGCGUGUACUGAAAAAAAGGCUAUAGAAGAUUUAGUUCAAGACCACCAAGAGACUGUGGGAUUCGAACCACAACAUAAAGAUAAGGCGAAAGAAUGUCAAAUUAAAGAUAUACAGCAAGAGUGCGCGGACCACAGUGGAGUUCAUUCCAAUCAAAAAGAGUCUGUGGGUAAUAACGCAACCGAGUUGCAACAACCAACCUUUGAAGAUUGCAUACUGCCAGAAAAUCUGAUAUCGGAACCCAAUUUGGCGCCAAGUAAAGUUAAAACCACGGACAUAAGCGUAGCUGGACAUGAAGAAAAUGACAUUUUAACUGGAGUGCACAAUGCAAAUCUUGUCAAAAUUUUCACUCAAAAUGAAAGCGCUGAAGCUAAUGAAUCAACUAAUCAAGAACGCAGCGAGGAAACUAAAAUGUAUAUAUCCUAUGGGGCUAUAGAACAAAUUGACCCAGGACUUACAAUGAAUGAAGAAAAUUACUCUGAAAUCGAUGCGAAAAAUUUCGCAGCUGAAUGUACGGAUGUCGCUAAAGAGAUUUCAGCUAUGGAGUUGAAAUCAAGCACACUUCUAGACUUAGCUGGUAUGGAACAAACAACAGCUAAAGAGACGCGCUUGACAAACUAUAAAAAUGAUGCUAGUGAAGUUGUUUUAACAAGUUAUGAUGAUCAAUUCUUGGUUACUGUUUGCUUAAAUGAUUCGAGUAAUGCUGCGAACGAUUUCGAAGAAGUUAAUAGCAGCGUGUUCUCCACGAAGGAAUAUGGGGAGAAUGAUUUCGACAUAGGGAAUGAUGUGAUUAUCAGCACACAGGAAAUAAAAGAAGAGUCUACCGAAAUUAUGAGCAUUAAAAGUUCACCCAAAAGCAGUCCAAUGUAUUUAGCAAAGCAAGUGCCUACCUUUACCACCGAUGCUAAUUUUAAUACGGAUUUCUCAAAAGCAAACGAACUUAUAGAUUUCAUGCCAAUCUUUACGAAUACUGCAACUUCCACUCAUUCCGAUGAUCUGCAAUUAUUAACAAUUGGAAGUAAUCCAAAUUUUCUAAAUAGCAAUAUAACAUCCAUACCACCAACCACCGACCAAAUGGAACUAUUUACCAGUUCAGCUGGUAUUACUUCAACAACGCCGCACACUGGCAUAACAACAACUGCUUUAAGUUUUAAUAAUAUGCCGAUCUUUACAGCCGCAGAGCUGGGCAUAGAUCAAAGCGCAUCUACAAGAUCAAAUAUGGCGGAUUUAACCCAAAUUAAUGGGCUGGGAUUUGUGGUUCCAGAAACAAUGCAGACCCCACCGUUAACAUCAUCAGCAAUCGAAAUGGAUUCACCGUUUGCACAGUCUCAAAGCCAAUUUAUGGUGGCAGACAAUUGGAAAGCAAGCACCUGCGACGCCAUCAACCCAUCGUCAACAUUAAAGAUAAGCUCGAAUACUUCUAAAGGUGCAAAACAAGUGCAAACGUUUGAUGUGAAGUCUGCGGGCGAUGUGAGUAGCGAUCUAGCCACGACAACGCCAGCAAUUAAAAUAUGCUCAACCAAACGAUCAAAGUCAUCGGCUAAAAAUGGCGGGCGUAAGCCUGCUGUGAAAACGAAUACACCGUCUACAAUUCCCACAACUGCGACUGAGAUGCAGCAACUCACACAGUUGUCAUCUUUGUCGCCGAUUUUGCCCCUAAUAAAGUCCACAACUACAACUAUUGGCCACACAACCAACGCAGAUACUGCUCCUGUUUUUAGCUUUCCCGACAUCUCAACAGAAACGGUAAAUGUUUCACAUGCUGCUAUUACGCCCUCAAGACCCUCUGUAACCUAUCAGCUCACAACACCAACGGCCAGCAGCAUGACGGUUAGUUCAACAACGUCUAGUUUAUCAGCACAAACCACAGCGGAAGAAAACUUAACCAUCCCUCCAGCUCAAAAAUCAAAGUCGCAAUCUCAAUCACAAUCGGUGGCACGGAGUGGAACGCGUGCGCGCACACCUGCGCGUGUACAGGUCGUUACGCCCCAGCCUAAGAAGCACUCUGUCGCGCCGAAAUCGGUGGAAGAAGAAAAAACGCUAGAGCCAAUAUUUACGAACACGACAGCAGCUUUUUGCACCACGGAUUUUGGCAUAAAUCAGAUGGCUGCUGUGUUACCUGCCUCUUACCCCACCGUACCGAUGCGCAAUGUCACAUGUUACGCAAAUCUCUUUCAUUUCGAAAAGUACAUACAACAAUUAAUGGGCCUCAUCGACGUACCCUCAAUCAUAGAAUCUGCGCGAAAUUUAUUUGUCGAUAAACAGGCCUUAGCGGAAGCGCACGCCGCCUUGCUCGCACAAGCUACACAAUUCGAUGAAGAGGGCAACGCAAUUUCGCAGCCACUAUUGCUAAAGUAUCAUAAAGAUGGGACUAUAUCCAUACUUAAUGACAACGAUGAAUGCAUCAUAUUGACGGCGAAUAUGUCGAAGAUGGUAAAGCGCCUUUCGCUCGCCCUAAGCAUUUUACAGGAGCAGCAGUCGCCAGUGUUGGGCAUACGAGCGCGUAUCCAUGCGCUGCUAAAACAGUUAACACAAACAGCUACGACUAAAGCUGCUACGCACACUUCUACAGCGAGCGUGAUCGGUCCGUCGGCGAUACCAACAGCUGUGGUGAAUCCAACAAAUUUAGUUGAGAAUGCGCGAAACAUUGAAUUUAGUGUAUUAAAUGCCAUGGAGCUAUAUAGCGGUGCCGGCGGGGGAGGCGCCAAACAGACUGCGCAGCAACAAGUGCACUUAAACGAUACGAAUGUGCAAAUAUACCCGAAUUGGCAUGAAGUUGGAGCCAGUGAUGGGCAACUAACGAGCAUAGAUACUACGGAUUUGCAAAUAGCAAAUGAGGAACAGUUUAUAAAUAUAGAUCCAUUGCCAUUGCUGGCCGAUGAAGGAACAACGGGGUAUGAGCAUGCAGUGGCAUUCGAUUUUGACGAGAAUCCCACAAUACUCUCUUCUAGUGAAACUAUAAGCGCGCAGCGUUUUGAAAAUGCAUUCGAUGAGGCCAUGGUGGGCGGUGUGGACGAGGAAAAAAGUUAUAAUUGGGCUGAGUCAGAGCAGAGUAGGCCAGUACAACAGUGGCAGCAGCAGCAGCAACAACAACAACAACAAAACAAUCGUGGUAACGUAGAAAGACGCUGGCAAGAGCAUGGUGCAACUUCGAGAAAUUUCGCUUAUGAGGAUGCAGUUGUCAGAGGUGUGGAAUGUGUAGCCACUAAUAGUGCGGAUGAGGUUCACGCAAUGGUAAUCAAUAAUUUAGGUGCUAAGUCCACAAUUGUGAGUAGUAGUGCGCCUAGGAUUGAAAGUGUAAGUGUAGCUGAUAGUAUGGUUCAAAGUACCGCAGCAUCUAGCGGCAUAAUAACAUCAACAUGCGGGCCACAAAGGAGGGAGACGAUUAAAAAGACUGGUUUUCAAAAGAUUGAAGCGGAUCAGGCGAGACCCACAGUUCACUGUAGUAAAAAAGUUUCAAGCCGCAAGAUUGAAAAGGCUUCAAAAAUUCAGCCUAAUUUAUCGUCCACAGCGGUGCAGAAACAGUCUAAAAUGCGUAACAAUUCGAAGCAAAGCAACGCAGCUGCUCAACUUAAAAUUUCUGCCAUCCAUUAUCGCUAUGUGCCACCACAAACGAUUGCGAAUUCACCAUGUAAGCAAAGCGCCACAUUGCAUUAUAGACCGACGGCACCGCAGCAACAUUCACAGCAGCAGCAGCAGCAACUUCGAAAUGCCAACGUCAAAAUGGCUCCACAAUUUGUGACAAGCACUUCAAAUCAUUCAAAGCAACCAGAGCGACUCAAAACCAUUGAUAGUGUUACAAAUAUACAGUUGUACUCACAGCAACACCCACAAAAUUCGGCACUUGCAGGUGGCUUGCAACAUAGCAACAAUGUCAGGUUUCUAUUAGCAAAUCCACUGCAACAACCAAAUACACACCAAAGUCAGCGUUUCGUGAGUGUGCCAAAUACGCUCGCACCAUUGACCAGCAAUAACAACCCAACACAAGAGUUUUCGCCGCUGCAAGAAGUCCACAUACAAUACCCCUACCAGCUGCAGCAAACGCAACCGAAUUUUAUCGAGAAUGAAAUCCAAAUAACCGAGUUACAGUUGCACUCCAUAAAAGACAUGCCGCAUGUCGAUGCUGACCACGGUGGCUCACAUUCCACCGAUAUGCCAAAAACAAAUGCGGCCACAAUGACUACAGCUUUACCACAGCCGUCAGAUGCCACCAUGCUGAGAAUGGUGAGAACUAGUCGCGGUGUAGGAGCGACUAGUGGGAACGCGGACCUGAAACGCAAUUUAACGCAAAAUUUCCAAACACAAACCUCAGCGUUUACCCACGACGCUGUGGAAACUUGCAGAGCAUUGCCAGAUGCAGCACAAUCAGCGGCAUCGUCUUUGGCGCAGCUACCACAACACCAACCUUCGCAAUUUCACCAGCAGCAAGUGCAAUUAAUGCAUUCCACAAAUACGAACAGAAUGAUAAACGAUAUGCAACAAACUGAAAUGGAUCAAUUGAGUCAACAGCUUAUAAAGCAAGAAACUCAGAGGCAAACAGAGUUACAAUUUCAAAUAAUACAGCAACCCCCACAGGCACUGCUAAGGGGAGCGGAUGAAAAUCAAAGAAUGCAUACAAUGAUGACGACACCAAACACGCUGAUGCUAUACCAAACGCCGGCUCGACAAGUCGAUGCGCACGCAACACAGCCACAGCAAUACCCUCCGCAGCAGCAGCAGCAGCUGGAGCAACAUUUUACUCAACAGCAGUUGAUUGCAGUCAGUAAACAAUCGGCACAGCCGCAUAGUUCACAGAACGCCGCAGGAAGCACAACAUCCUCCGCAAUCUCGAAUGCUACAAUGGCUAGGGCAGUAACACCGGCGACAGCAUCAGCACCAGCGCCAACAAAGCAAACAAAUCUAACACGAAAACGUGGUCGUCCGCGAAAGUACGAUGAUGAAAUGCUGUUAGCGAAUUCCGAACUGCUGAGGAAACGUAGUGCACGCGAUACGGCGGAGAAGUUUGCUAAACCUAAUCAGAGCAUAAAAAUAAUUCCGAUCGCCGCUGCGAAUAGUAAUGCUGCAAUAACAACAACUAACCAAAUUAACACACAAGCUAGCCAAUUAAUAACAACAAUACCAACAACAACUUACUAUACACUAACCCAUAAUCCACAUGAAUUAGAACAACAACAGGCACAUCAACCAAACUCCAUCAGCCUGUCAGCACUAGCAACACAUUCACCUAUGCAUGCGCAGUUGGAACAACAAUCACUAAGACCAUCAUUUACCAGCCAAAGCUCAGCGAAUGCUUUUAGUUUAAUAGAAAAUAUGAUUAUUGGGGUUGAGGCUGCUGUUGCUUGUGGUAGUGGUAGUGGUAAUGAUCAACAGCGAAAUGGUAAUCAGCAAUCGCAGUCUCCUCACACACAGCCACACAUGCCGCCAUCACCGUCAAGUAGUCGGCAUGAUCAGCACCAUGUAUGAUAUCCAUAUUUUCAUGAAGAGCUCUUCAAUCAUACCUUCCGAUUUGUCGAUAUCUAAUUUAUUUGUUUUUUAUAUUUUUAUUUUUAAAGAUAUUAGGAGUUCUACUAUUUCAGUUUUGAGAUUACAAGGUUUAGGUAUUUAACGGUUAAAUUGCUGCGAAUACUUGCUUUUCGCUAGGACAUAUUUAUCUUUUUAAGUUAUAAAUUAUUUUUUUUCUAUUGCACUUGGUGCAUAAUUAAACAAGUAUUGGAUUUCCUUGAGAACUCCCCUUGUGCAAUAUUUCAAAGAAUUUGUUAAAUUUGUUUUAUUUUUUUAAUAUUUGUACAAGACUUGAGAAUAGUUUUUUUUAGACACAAAGCUUGAUUAUUUACGUUGACACUUUCCUAUUAUGUAUUCGGAUUGUAUAUUUCUUAGCUUUAUCAAAUUUGCAGUUUAGGUAGAUUUUUCGAAUUAAGCCUCUUUAUUAUCUUUACCCUCCGAAUUAUAUUUCCUUGCUUUAAACUGCACAAUGCUGGUUUUAUCAAUCAGUAAACUCCAAGCUCUAGAUAACAAGCGGGGUAUAAGAGUAAAAAAAACUUGCCUUCAAUUCAUAGCUGCUGUUUUGUUAGAAGAAAGGCAUAACUUCUAUCACUAAAAAUUAAUAACGAAACUUUUAAUAGCUUCGUUUUAACCGACUUC